AGCCGCCGCCGCCGCAUCGCAUCACAUCACAUCGCAUCACAUCGCAUCGUAUCCAGUCCACGGUAUCUUGUUGAGCCAUGUACCAAUACAAGGCACUGGCUGUGCCUGACUUUAUGAGCAGGCCAGCACCUCCAAACUACAUUGCUGGUCUUGGCCGUGGUGCAACAGGAUUCACAACCCGCUCCGAUAUUGGCCCCGCCAGAGAGACGCCCGAUGAUGCGAGUGCGAUCGAGGCGGCGAUCGCCAAGGCCACGGCCGCCGCUCAGGCCGCCAAGGCCCGCGGAGAGGACGACGAUGACGGCGAGCAGUACCAGGAUCCCGACAACGAAACGGGUCUGUUCGCCACGGCGCCGUACGAAGCCGACGACGAGGAAGCCGAUCGGAUAUACGAAGAGGUCGAUCGAAAGAUGGACGAUCGUCGGCGCAUCCGCCGUGAGGCUCGGGAGCGCGAGGAGCUCGAAAAGUACCGAAAGGAGCGACCCAAGAUCCAGCAGCAGUUUGCUGAUCUCAAGCGUGGGCUGUCGAUUGUUUCAAACGAAGAGUGGGCGUCGAUCCCCGAGGUCGGCGAUAUGGUUCGAAAGCGCACCAAGAAGAACAGCGCCAGCAACCGAUCGGAAAAGUUUACCCCGGUCCCAGACUCUGUCUUGCUGUCAGCCCAGAAAGACGCCGGCUAUGCCACCUCACUCGACGUCCACAUCAGCGGCAUGGCCACGCCGGCACUCGGGACGGCCACACCGGCCGGCACCGAGUCCACCGACUUUCAGCAGUUCGGCAAGGCUCGUGGAACUGUUCUCGGACUCAAGCUCGAUCAGAUCUCGGACUCGGUCAGCGGUCAGAGUACCGUCGAUCCAAAGGGAUAUCUUACCGAUCUCAACUCGAUCGUUGUCAAGUCCGAUGCGGAAAUCUCGGACAUCAAGAAGGCCCGCACCCUCCUCAAAUCCGUCACCGUCACCAAUCCCAAGCAUGCCCCCGGUUGGAUUGCCGCCGCUCGUCUCGAAGAGGUCGCUGGAAAGAUUGUCACCGCACGCGAGGUCAUCGCAAAAGGCUGUCAAGAGUGCCCCAAGAGCGAAGACGUGUGGCUCGAGUCUGCACGCCUCAAUACUCCCGAGAAUGCCAAGGUCAUCCUAGCCUCAAGUGUCCGCCAUGUCCCCCAGAGCGUCAAGAUCUGGCUCCGUGCCAUGCAGCUCGAGACCGACGCCAAGGCCCAGAAGCGUGUGCUGCGCCGUGCCCUCGAGUUCAUUCCCAACUCGGUCAAGCUCUGGAAGGCGGCCGUAAACCUGGAGGAAGAUCCUGAAGACGCGCGCAUCCUGCUCUCGCGGGCCGUGGAAUGUGUGCCCCUCUCGGUGGAGUUGUGGCUGGCGCUGGCCCGCCUCGAAUCUUACCAGAAAGCACAGAAAGUCUUGAACGACGCCCGUAAAGCCAAUCCAACCAGCCACGAGAUCUGGAUUGCCGCCGCCAAUCUCGAGGAGCAGCAGGGCAACAACGAACGAGUCACCAUGAUCAUCAACAAUGGUGUCAACGUGCUGCGACAAAAGGGCUCAGGUCUCGAUCGCGACCAGUGGAUCAAAGAAGCCGAGCAGAACGAAAAAUCCGGCUGCAUCAUCACCUGCCAGGCCAUCAUCCGCGCCACGAUCGGCCUAGACCUGGGCGACGACGAGCCCAAGAAAAAGAUCUGGAUGCGCGACGCCGAGAGCUGCAUUGCGCACGAAGCCAUCCACACGGCACGAGCCAUCUACGCCUACAGCUUGGAGCUCUUCCCGUUCAAGAAAUCUGUCUGGCGACGGGCCGCCUUUCUGGAAAAGUCGCAUGGCACCCGCGAGUCUCUCGACCAGAUCCUCGAGCGUGCUGUGCAGCACUGCCCGCAAGCCGAGAUGCUGUGGCUCAUGCGUGCCAAGGAAAAGUGGCUGGCUGGCGAUAUCUCAGCCGCCCAGAGCAUCCUUGCUGCUGCCUUUGCCGCCAAUCCCAACAACGAGCAGAUCUGGCUGGCGGCCGUGAAACUCGAGGUCGAAACCAAAUCAUUCGACCGCGCACGAGCCCUUCUUGAACGCGCCCGAAACGAGGCCAGCACCAUUCGCGUUUGGAUGAAGAGCGCCGUCCUCGAGCGCCAACUCAGCAAUCCUCAACGAGCCCUAGAGCUGUUGGACGAUGCCAUCGAUCGAUUUGCAAAGGAGUCGCAGGCGCCCGAAUACGCAAAGCUGUGGAUGAUCAAAGGCCAGAUCCAAUCUGGCGAGCUCGGCGAUGCCAAGGCCGCACAGGAAACCUAUCUCAAGGCUACAAAGACCUGCCCCAAAUCGGUGUCCCUCUGGAUCUUGUCGUCGCGCCUUGAGGAGCAGUCUGGAACCCUAAUGAGGGCCAGAGCCAUCCUCGAGCGAGCCCGGCUGAUGUCCCCAAAGCAGCCCGAGCUGUGGACAGAGGCCGUUCGCCUGGAGCUCCGAGGCAACAACCAACCCAUGGCCAAGGCCCUGAUGGCCAAGGGUCUGCAAGAGUGCCCAAGCUCGGGUCUGCUCUGGGCCGAGGCCAUUCUGAUGGAAAGCCGACCUCAGCGGAAGGCCCGAAGUGCGGACGCCCUCAAGAAAUGCGAGAACGACCCAUUGGUCGUCGUCACUGUCGCGCGCCUGUUCUGGGCCGAGCGCAAGGUCGACAAAGCGCGGAACUGGUUUGGUCGCUCUGUGAAAAUCAACGCAGAUCUCGGAGACUCGUGGGCAUGGUGGCUCAAGUUUGAGCUGAUGCAUGGCGAUGAGACUACGCAAAGGAAUGUGAUCGCGCAGUGUGUUGCUGCCGAGCCCAGGCACGGCGAACGAUGGGCCGCCGUCGCCAAGGACAUGGCCAACGCAGGCAAAAGCACCGAGGAAAUCUUGAAGCUGGUGACUGGGCAGCUCAACAAUACCAUCUAGUCCGUAUUCGAGACCACAACAGUAUGGAACGGAGAAAGACGAGGCGAGACAGAAUGGAACACAGAAUAAACGAGACGACGGUUUCUUCUGGUUGUUGAACGCGCAUGUCCUCCACAUAACAAUAACCGCCACUGCAGCCACUUUUCCCACAAUGUGUGUCAAAGAACCUGCGCUGUCGAUGUGGCCGACAAGCAUCGCCCUUUGCCCUCCAUGGCUAGUUAUCGAGAAAAGAGCAUGCCUGUGAUCGACCACAGAUAUGCGUCGAGAGCAAUAACUCGAAAUAUCAAACAAAGUGGCGCCAAAGGACAUCUCGUACGUGUCGCCUGUCAA